AUGGUUACUGCCUUAGUCAAUAUUAUCGAUAAAAAUAAACGUCCAAUACGCUGCAAGACAUUGCUCGAUACAGCAGCAACGUCCAACCUUAUUACGGAGCGAUUAGCUACAUCUUUAAACCUACCAAAACAAAAAUGCUCUCUUGCUGUUGGUGGACUUGGUGAUAUUCAAACAUCAACAUCAUUCAAAAUCACGGCAACCAUCCAAUCAAGAUACAAUAACUUCGAAAAGACAUUAGAAUUCUUUUCAGUUCCUGAAAUAACUAAACAACAUCCAGUGAACUAUAUUGACAUAACAAAAAUACCAAUAUCCAAUAAGAUAAAGCAAGCUGAUCCAACAUUCAAUAUCCCAAGUAACAUUGACUUACUUAUUGGUGUAGGACCAGCAUUAUCAUUAAUCAUACCUGGACAAAAGGAUACUUCAAAUCCUGAAGGGCAAGAUUUAUUCAUGCAAAAUACACAUUUUGGUUGGAUCAUCGGUGGUGCAAUAUCAAUUCAAAGAAAAAACAAUAAUUCAAAACCAAAUCCAAAAAUGUGUCAUAUUACGACCACACAAGCUCUCCAACAACUCACAAAGACUUGGGCCAUGGAAGAAGGUCCAAAACAAAAACACUUAUCAGAGGAAGAGAUGGCAUGUGAACCACAUUACAAAAAUCAUACAAAGCGAAACAAAGACGGAAGUUACGUGGUAGCACUUCCAUUCAACUCCAAGAAAUCUCUCAUCGGUGAAACUCGGACUCGAGCUAUGAACCGAUUAAAAUCUCUUGAAAACAAAUUCAAAAGAAAUCCAGAAUUCGCUGAAUAA